CGCAGGCGCGGGGCGGCCGUUCCCUCAGCGCAGGCGCGCGGCGGCGGCGGAAUGUCGGUGGUGUUCGUGCCGGAGCGGCUGCGCGGCAAGGCGGAGGUGAACCAGGAGACGCUGCAGCGGCUGCUGGAGGAGAACGACCAGCUGAUCCGCUGCAUCGUGGAGUACCAGAGCAAGGGCCGCGCCACCGACUGCGUGCAGUACCAGCAUAUCCUGCACAGAAACCUCAUUUAUUUAGCCACAAUUGCAGAUGCGACGCCGCCCAGCGCGCAGAAGACUACAGAGUGACUGCACGCACCGGGCUGCAGGCUGCCGUGCCUUACAAAGAAAGGCUUUAGUUUAGAUUGCCACUGUGAGAGGGAGAAGGUGUAGUCACACAAGGCAGGUAAAGAGCCAUCCCUCUGUGUGAAUUCUAACGUUAGAAUAGCUUCUUUCUUCCUACUACGUAGAACGUAGGGGGGAGAAUUACCAAGCUUUUGUCUCUGGAAAACCUCAGUGUUGUGUGUUUCUGAAAAUAGCUCAGUUGCCAGGACAGCACCGCCGCUGCCUUGGGAAGAUUGUGGCAGCCUUAGCGAGGGGACGCCACUGAGCAGGUGGGAAAGUAGAAAUGACAAGAGACACAUGUUGCACAGACUAUUGUGUGUACUGUAUCAUAAAAAUUGUGCUAAUAAAUUGAAGGUGUGUUUUGUAAAGCA